GUACAUCUCGUCACCUCGCCCAGGGAUCUGUACACCGGAGGGGGGAGGGGGGCAUUCUCCUCCCCUGGCAGGCUCCAGUGCCAUGUCGGAGGCAGAGGGAGUCUCCGCGGUGGUAGCUCAGGGCUCUCCGGCCGGUGGAGGAGGAAGGGGAGCGGAGAGCCCGGCCGGGGGAGGUGCAGCGCCGAUUAGAAUCGCUGCCAAGAAGGGGCAACUCCGCUCCGCUCCCCGGGCCAAGAAACUGGAGAAACUCGGAGUGUACUCCGCCUGUAAGGCUGAUGAAACAUGCAAGUGCAACGGCUGGAAAAAUCCAAAUCCUCCCCCAACACCACCAAGAAUGGAUCUUCAGCAGACUGUUGUCAGCCUCACUGAGCCAUGCCGUAGCUGUUCACACACUCUUGCCUCUCACGUUUCCCAUUUAGAGAAUGUGGCGGAGGAGGAAAUUAAUAGACUUCUGGGAAUUGCACUAGAUGUAGAAUAUCUGUUCACUUGUGUACACAAGGAAGAAGACGCUGAUACUAAACAAGUCUAUUUCUAUCUAUUUAAGCUUUUAAGAAAAUGCAUUCUACAAAUGGGGAAACCUGUGGUUGAAGGAUCAUUGGAAAGUCCUCCAUUUGAGAAGCCUAGCAUUGAACAGGGUGUAAAUAAUUUUGUACAAUACAAAUUUAGCCAUCUACCUGCCAAGGAAAGACAAACUAUUUUAGAGCUGGCUAAAAUGUUUCUGAACCGUAUCAACUACUGGCAUCUUGAAACUCCAUCACAGAGAAGGCAGAGAUCCCAGACAGAAGACAUUGCUGCAUAUAAAGUCAACUACACUAGGUGGCUCUGCUACUGCAACGUCCCCCAGUUCUGUGACAGCUUGCAUCGAUAUGAAACAACACAGGUGUUUGGCCGCACAUUGCUGCGCUCUGUCUUCACUGUAAUGAGACGUCAGCUGCUGGAACAGGCCAGACAGGAGAAAGACAAACUGCCACCGGAGAAGAGAACACUAAUACUGACUCACUUCCCAAAAUUCCUGUCUAUGCUGGAAGAGGAGGUUUACAGUCCGAAUUCUCCUAUAUGGGAUGAAGAUUUUAUGUCUUCAUCUUCUCGAACAAGUGAGCUUGGGAUUCAAGCAGUUAUCACCAAUCCUCCUGUUUCAAGAACAAUUCCAUAUGUGGCCAGCCCAUCAUCAGUUGAUCAGUCCAACAGUGGAAGUUUGAGUCCCUCUGGCAAACCGGCACUUGAAUCAAGCCUUGGUGACAAAAGGAAAAGUAGUGAACCUUAUUCUGCAGAAGAAUCCAAAAGACCCAGAACAGUAGGAGACAUUCCUAUUGAACUAAUCAAUGAAGUAAUGUCUACUAUCACUGAUCCUGCUGCCAUGCUGGGCCCUGAGACCAGCUUUCUGUCUGCUAUUUCUGCGAGAGAUGAGGCAGCCAGGCUGGAAGAGCGCAGAGGUGUGAUUGAGUUUCAUGUUGUUGGGAAUUCUCUUAACCAAAAACCCAAUAAAAAGAUCAUGAUUUGGCUUGUUGGCUUACAAAACGUCUUCUCACAUCAGCUACCAAGAAUGCCAAAGGAAUAUAUCACCCGCCUUGUCUUUGAUCCGAAACAUAAAACACUUGCUCUUAUCAAGGAUGGACGCGUCAUUGGGGGUAUCUGCUUUCGAAUGUUUCCAAGCCAAGGAUUCACAGAGAUAGUCUUCUGUGCUGUGACUUCAAAUGAGCAAGUAAAGGGUUAUGGCACUCAUUUAAUGAAUCAUUUGAAGGAAUAUCACAUCAAACAUAAUGUAUUGAAUUUCCUCACCUACGCUGAUGAAUAUGCAAUAGGCUAUUUCAAGAAACAGGGUUUUUCCAAAGACAUUAAAGUACCUAAAGCACGUUAUGUUGGAUACAUAAAGGAUUAUGAAGGAGCCACUUUAAUGGGAUGCGAGUUAAACCCGAGGAUACCAUAUACAGAAUUUUCGGUCAUCAUAAAGAAACAGAAGGAGAUCAUCAAGAAAAUGAUUGAAAGGAAGCAAGCACAAAUAAGAAAAGUAUACCCAGGACUAUCGUGCUUUAAAGAAGGAGUACGGCAAAUACCGAUUGAAAGCAUCCCAGGAAUCAGAGAGACAGGUUGGAAGCCGAGUAUAAAAGAAAAAAGAGCCAAAAGAUCCAGAACAAUUAUACAACACACUCAAGAAUAUUCUGCAGCAGGUAAAGUAAUCCUUAUGGCUUUCCCUUUAAUUCAAGAGUCACCAAAGUGCUUGGCCGUUCAUGGAACCUGUGAAAAGAACAGACGCUCCCGGGUACUAUGAAGUUAUACGAUUCCCCAUGGACCUGAAAACCAUGAGUGAACGGGUGAAGAACAAAUAUUACGUGACUAAAAAGUUAUUCAUGGCAGACUUGCAGAGGAUCUUUACAAAC